ACGAUGUGGUGAGAAAGGUAAUGAUGUCUCAAGUGUCUUCUAGCGAAGAAUUCGGCUCGUGUCUAUAUGCCCAAUCUGUACUACCUCACAGCAUGUCGUGGAAUCAAGGACAGUCUUAUCCUAUGGAAGGAUCCGUUUUAACUUACAAUUCCGAAACGGGUUCUCAACCACAAUCGGAGAGGAAGAAACAAUGUAGAAAAGUAAACACCAAAUCGACCUAUAAACACAUACCUCAUCGAGAAAAACCGCCUCAUCUUGUAGCUAGAAGAAACGCAAGAGAAAGAAGAAGGGUUCAAGCUGUGAAUAAUGCUUUCGCUCGUUUAAGGAAGUCUGUACCCAUUGAAAAUAGAAACAAAAGGUUGUCUAAAGUUAAAACACUGCACAGAGCUAUAGAAUAUAUAAAUGCCUUGCAGGAUAUGUUAUCACAAGCUGAUGAUGAUCUAUCCACUGAAGUUGCUAAUGGCGAUAGUUUAAGGAGUUACAACAGUUAUCUGGAAACUGAUGUAAAUGCUGUAAAUAAGGAAAACCAAGUUGGACAGAGAUGGAUAACGUUAGAAUCGUCAUGUGAACAAGACAGCUAUAGCGACUACUUACCAUUUUAUGAUGAUUACAGUGGUGGUCUGUCCAGUUAAACGACGUUCAUCUGUAUCAAAUCAAACAAAAAAUGGACUAUAUUCGACUAUUCUUUAUCAAUUUAAAACUACAAAAAAUUUAUAAAUAUAUAAAAAAAUUUAUAGAAAACAGAAAGCACGAAGAGCAAAGUCCCAUUCAUUGAUACUUUCACAGCAAAGCUUAGCGAUACUGCAGUGAAGCACCAUCCACUUUCUUAGGGACGACGUUAAUUGUGAUAAAGUAACUAAACAAACUUGUAAAUUAUCAUCAUUAUCGACGAUAAAAUUAAAUACUCAAUGAAUUUUCUUAUCAAGAAAUAUAUCUAUGUAUAUGUACGUGAGAAACACAAAAAAAAUUA